CGUCCCACGAGGUGAAGAUGCUGCGGGCGGAACCUGCCGGAGGGAGCGGGAUUCGGGGGUGCUGAAGUCGCAAGGGCAGGGCGGGAAGGAAGAUCCGGAGCGGGUCGUGGGAUCCGGAGCUGGAGGCCCCCAGAAUCUCCCCUCUGAAAAGGCAAGCUGACCUGGGUAAACGAGGCCGGCCCCAUGUAUCCGGAAUCAACCACGGGUUCCCCAGCUCGGCUCUCCCUGCGGCAGACAGGCUCCCCCGGGAUGGUCUACAGUACUCGGUAUGGGAGUCCCAAAAGACAGCUCCAGUUUUACAGGAACCUGGGAAAAUCCGGCCUUCGGGUGUCCUGCCUGGGGCUUGGAACGUGGGUGACCUUCGGGGGCCAGAUCACCGAUGAGAUGGCAGAGCACCUAAUGACCCUGGCCUACGACAAUGGCAUCAACCUCUUCGACACCGCAGAAGUCUACGCAGCUGGCAAGGCUGAAGUGGUAUUAGGAAACAUCAUUAAGAAGAAGGGAUGGAGGCGGUCCAGCCUCGUCAUCACCACCAAGAUCUUCUGGGGCGGAAAAGCGGAGACAGAGAGGGGCCUUUCCCGGAAGCACAUAAUUGAAGGACUGAAGGCCUCCCUCGAGCGGCUGCAGCUGGAGUACGUGGAUGUGGUUUUUGCCAACCGCCCAGACCCUAACACACCCAUGGAAGAGACCGUGCGGGCCAUGACCCACGUCAUCAACCAGGGCAUGGCCAUGUACUGGGGCACGUCGCGCUGGAGCUCCAUGGAGAUCAUGGAGGCCUACUCGGUGGCCCGGCAGUUCAACCUGAUCCCGCCCAUUUGCGAGCAAGCCGAGUACCACAUGUUCCAGCGAGAGAAGGUGGAGGUCCAGCUUCCAGAGCUGUUCCACAAAAUAGGAGUAGGUGCCAUGACCUGGUCGCCUCUGGCUUGCGGCAUCGUCUCAGGAAAGUACGACAGCGGCAUCCCGCCCUACUCCAGAGCCUCCCUGAAGGGCUACCAGUGGCUGAAGGACAAGAUCCUGAGUGAAGAGGGCCGACGGCAGCAGGCCAAGCUGAAGGAACUGCAGGCCAUCGCCGAGCGCCUCGGCUGCACGCUGCCCCAGCUGGCCAUAGCCUGGUGCCUGAGGAACGAGGGUGUCAGCUCUGUGCUUCUGGGUGCUUCCAACGCAGAGCAACUUAUGGAAAACAUUGGAGCAAUACAGGUCCUUCCAAAACUGUCGUCUUCCAUCGUCCACGAGAUCGAUAGCAUUCUGGGCAAUAAACCCUACAGCAAAAAGGACUAUAGAUCCUAGGCUGCCCCCAUCACCUGCUCGGACCGGUUCCGGUUCCCUCCUCGCCUCUGUUCGCUCGCUUCUGCUGUUUCAAAGCCAAGUGCAGAGUGUGGCUCAUGUCCAAGGGGAAAACACUAUGCCGCCACCGGAAACUCAUCUCCAGAGUCACCUGCCGCUUCCUUGCCGGAUGCUAUCUGAUGGGUGCCAGGAGAUGGCAUCAAUUAGGGGGACAUCCAAAGGCUCCCACCCAAGCCUGCCGCCUCUGCUUACCCUUCAAGAAGAAACACACCCCCGGCCAUGGCCCUUCAUGGAGAUUCUAGACGCCAUGGUCCAGUGGAGGCGUAGUCCUCUGAGCAGGCAGGGCUGGCCUCUCUGCCCAAGAACCCUUGCCUCAGAAGAGGGGCGUGCCACCUCCCAGCAUCCCUUCUGCCAGAGUCUUUGGUGGUUAGAGCAGGGCCCCACCUCUUCCCAUGGACACCAGGCACUUUGUUCAGGGCUGGUGUGGGAUCCCACUCUUCCAAGACCUUGACCUGCCCCACGUGCUUACUGGGCCUUGGCUGUGAUUAGCCUAGCUAGCUGGCCCUUGCCCCCCCUCCCCCUUACCCUUGCUGGCAGGGGCAGGGAUCCCAGCCGCCUUCCCCAGCGCCUUCCAGUCUUCCACCUCCACUCCCCUCCCACCCUGCUGCCCCUUCCCACAUGCAGCUGCUGAGCCCCACAGCAGGGAAGCUCCAAGUGUGGCAGCUGGCCACAGAGCAGGCAGGCGGCAGCCGGCUCAGCCCGUGCUCACAAGACCACGUUCCCCUUACAGCCCUUCUUCCUCUGAUACCUCUGAUGUACUGGGGCAGUGGGCUUAUGACUCGGGCUCUGCACUUAGGGCUUCUCAGUAAGGAAGCUCCCUGGGCUUUCCGUUGUCACAAGCUAAAGGACGGGAGGAAAAACAGCUCCAGGAACAUUGUACGGACAGAUCCCCAGGGACCUCUCCCUGGAAAAAUGGCUAGGACUACCCACUGUCUUCUGCAUACCCUCAUGCUGUCCCAGAACAGGCUGGGAAGAUGGAGAAAGGGCAGGAUAGGCAGCCCCUUAUCGGUGGGAGCCAGGUGGAUGGUGGGGCCAGAAAGCCUGCAGGUUUGGACAGUGCAUGGUGCCUGGAGGCCCAGUCUCAUAGUCCUGUGAUGCUUUGGAGACAGGUCCUGCUCAUACAUGCCAGCGGGCUCCCUAGGAGCCCCAAGCCUCCUGCCCUGGACAGGCAGUGGCUGGUUCCCAAGCACAAGUCCUGCCGGCACAGCACCUGGCUUCUGUGGCGUCUGCUCCAAGGCUCCUCCCUGCCGCUGUCGUCCAGCCAAGGCUGGACAGACAUCGAGACAGAAAUAGGGAGUAUGGGGAGGAGACAGGAAGAAAGGCAGGCGGGGUGGGCAGCUUCUCCUCUCACACACACAACCCCCCUCUGCAGACCCUGAGCUCCCAAACCUUCACCACUGCUCAUAGCCCCGAACCCUGAGAGCUCAGAAGCAGCCCUGUUGAUGUGGGAUGGCGGCCACUAGGUUCUGGCCCCUCCAUGCCUGGCUAGAGGGGCCUGCUUCCGGGACAGGGCCCUUGCAAUGCUCCAGUGGGAAGUAGCCAGACCUGACCACACAACUGGCCCUGGCGCUGCUUGCCAUGAGGGCCAAGCAUGCAGGGUUGCCCACACUAGGAGCUGCUGCUGCUGCAGCCUGGUGCCAGAGCUAAGCUCCUCCUGGGUAUGUGCAAGAGACAGAAAAAUAGGCUGCAGUGUGAACUGGGCUGAGGCCCACAUGAGCCCUACAGGCAGACAGCCUCCUGGAUGGCAUGUUAACUGAGUGUUUCUGAGCAGUUUUCUUCCAUUUCCACUUUUGAGGCAUCAGAGCUUUGCUUCUUAAGGCAGGAUCACCCGCCUCUGUGGAGGGGCUUGGGAGGCCACCGGAGUAGAUCAAGUGUAGACAGCCUAUAAAUGGGAGCUUGGCCCUGACCCUCCAAAGGUCUAAGGCCACUCCUACCUCCACGGCCACAGACCUCACCUUUCUCUAGCCCCAGCUGCCUGCUGGUCAGCCCCAAGCCAGCCUCCAGCACACCUCCUCACCUUGAAGCAGUCUGCCAGGCCUGGUGCGGGAGGGCGGCUGUGGGGAGCAGCCAGAGUGGGGGUGGGGCUCUGGGCAUGGAGCCCUGCUGUUGCUCCUCACAGCCCCAAGGUCAAGGUCUUGAGGCACAGCGGGGCUCCUCGUGCCCUGCUCUUGUCAGCCAUGUACAUAAUGUGCUUUCUCUCCCCACUUUUUUAACGAGCGUGGCUCCUUGCUAACUGCACCCCACCAGGCCAACCGCCAACGGCUCCAGCUUCCUGACAGACUCAGACCAAGGGGCAGCCCAUAUUUAUGGAAUGACAAAUAAAACCCAAGCCCUUCGGUCUGCAUGCCUCUGUCCUCUCAUUUCCUCAGAGACAGCACCAGAAGGAGGCCAAAGCUGCCAACUGCAGUCCCCCACCUCACCCACUACCAAACCCAACUACAGCCAAGGACAAGAUGGAAGGACCCAAGUACAGGCCAGAGAAAUGCUUGAAAAGCAUUCCGGGCCUGCAGUAGACUGGAAACAAGCAUCAAAAGAUCCACUCCCACCUCUCCCAAGGACAUCCCUGAGUCCUAUGGAAGAUGCAGUGCCUCUCCCUGCUGCCCGCCACCCACCACGCACACGCCUCUGCUGACACCCCCAAAGGCAGAGGACUGAUGGCUGGGAAGCCCCUUC